GUGUGAAAGUCAAAUUGUGCAUCCUCUUAGAUCUGGAGUUCUUUUGGUGAACAGGAGGCAAACUCACAUCCAUCAGACCACCUAAAGUUUAACUCAGGUGUCGGUUGAGUUUUGAGUUUGUUGGUUCAACAACUUUAAAUGCUAAGCCAUGGCACUAAAGAGAAACAGUCAGGAGGAACAGAACCGCCUGAGCUUGCUCUUUCACGCCUACGACGUGGACCACUCAGGACGGAUUGAGAAGAGCGAGUUCUCCGCCAUAUGUCGAGAUCUUUGUGUCCCCUCCCGAGAGGCAGAGGGCAUUUUCAACCGCCUGGACGCUGACAAAGACGGGACGGUGACUUUGGAGGAGCUCCUCGACGGCUUCACGGAGCGGCACAAGAAGAAAAGAGAUGAUGAUGAAGAGGAAGAUGAGAACCUCCCAUCUUUGGAUGAAUUUUCAACCAGCAAAGAACAGGUUAUAAGCAGGUGA